UCCGCGUGUGGCGGCUGCGCGGCAGCGGAAGAGCAGCGAGGUCGAAGUUACUGUUAAACUUAACGUUAGGGAUGUAAACUGUGCGUUAUUAACUCUUAUUUAAGCGUACAAGACGUCAAUUAUGUGCCUGUAUUACUAAACACGCAGGUCUUUACGGACGAAGCGGAGUUAACAAUUAUCCCCAUGAUGCAAAGAGUUGUGGGUAUGUUUCAGAACCAUCCUCAUAUGCAAAGGAUAAUUAAAUGUGGCCUUCUCGGUAUUGCAUAUGAUGAAGAUUUAGAUGUAGAUGAUUAUGACUGUUGGACAGAUGAUCACCAUUGUUUCCAUGAUCACGGCAGAAGAUUAGGUGGGAACCACACAAAUUCAUCUAACUCAAUAUAUCAGCCUCCUCUGCAUCACUAUUCAUCUGCUCAUAACCCUUUCGUCGCAGCCUCUGGAAAGGUUCAGCCAAAGGAGAGUGAUUCUGAAAGAAAAGCCAAGGCUGAGAAGAAGCGGCUGAAGAAACAGAAGCAGAAGGAAAGAAAACAAAUGGAAAAGGAAAAACAUAAGAAGAAAGAUGAUCAACAUCAGUCUAAAGGUGAAGAGAGUAAAGUGGUUAAUGGUCAAAGGAAAGGCGAUGCUACUUCCAGUGUGAAAUUGUUUGCUCCAGCUAAAGGUACAGACAGCGACAUUGGAAGCAGUGGAGAAGAAUUCAGUGAUGAAGAUGACACCAUGAAAGACUCAGAUGACUCAGAGGAGCUUGAUAUGACAAGUUCUUUCGUGAGCAAAGCAGCUCUUAUUGCCAAACGUAAACUGGAGAACUCCAGAGCUGAGAAGAAGAAGCUCCCAGACAAAGAGUGUAAAAGUGGCCCAGGCAAACCCCACGAAGACAAGGUUGGAAAGGAUGAAAAGAUGAAGGAUACUGCUGCCCCCAGCUUUGAAGAUCAUGUGAAAAUAAGUACUGAUCUUGCUAACUUUGGAAAUACCUUUGCAAGUUCUGGAGACUACAAUAUGGCUGUGAAGUAUUUCACCGAUGCAAUUAAAUACAAUCCUACAGAAUUUAAGCUGUUUGGCAAUCGUUCCUUCUGUUUUGAAAAGUUGCAAGAAUAUGAAAAGGCUCUUGCAGAUGCAGAGUUGUCUCUCAGCAUAAGUCCAGGUUGGGUUAAAGGCCUGUUUAGGAAGGGCAGAGCUCUGGCAGGUCUGAAGAGGUAUGAAGAGGCUGCCAAAGCGUUUAUGGAUGUGCUCAAACUGGAUAGUUCAUAUGCAGAAGCUGCCCAGGAGCUCAUGCGGGUGCAGAUAAUACAGUUAAUGGCGUAUGGCUUCACACGGGAGGAGAGCUCAAAUGCUUUAAUUAUUCAUGGGACAGUAAAUAAGGCCUUAGAGGUGCUGUCCAAAUUAUAUUCUAGACCAGAAGUUGUUCUCAAUGGCCAUCUCCCACCGGUUCAAGUAGCAAAUGUCACCGGAGUCUCUCCAGUCCUGUCAGCCAAUACAAAACCUUUAUACUCCUCACCUGCUCCUCCAGCUCAGUCCUACGAUGCACCCAAGACACCACUUACCAACAAACCUCUAGGUCCCGUCUAUAAUAUGCCCAAUGUCCAAAGCCAAUCAAAGCCUAAUCAUGCUUAUUAUUUAAAGACCAACAGCAGCGAUGGCCGACCACUACCGGAGCUGUUUCCAGUUUGGGUGGGGAACUUGAAUAAUCCAGUACCCGAGUCUUUGAUUACCAACCUGUUCAGCAUGGCUGGGGACGUCUAUAGCGCCAAGGUUCUACAGAAUAAACGUUGUGCAUUUGUAAACUUUACAAAACAAGAACACUGUGAUGAAGCAAUCAGACGCUAUAAUGGCUAUGAGUUACAAGGUAUGAGGAUUGCUGUGAGAUACCCAGACAGGAUUGCUCCAGGGAUCGGCAUUUCCCAAUCUGCCCUGAGAGCUGAUGACCUGCAAGAUGAGAAUCUGAGGCAAAAUGUUGACGGGAGGAAUGCAGUUGGAAACAGAAGGCCUUUCCGUCCUCACAAAGCGACGCCCGACUAUAGAGACUGACGGAAAUGAGACGCCCGAUUGCUGCAGUCUUUACUCUUUACUACAUUUACUUUUAAGUAUAUACUUUCUAAAGUAUUAUCCUCAUUAUUAUUGGACCACUGACAGAUUUGAUAUGUAUCACCAAAGAAUUAUUCACAUUGACCCAAGGAUAUGAUCAACUGACUCUAAGUUUGUGAGUGGAUUUAUUUGAGAUUUAAACGAAGAGUUAAUAAAAGCGUAAAAGAUGCCAGUUCAUGUGAUGUACCAGUCUGUCCCAACAUCAUUGUA